AUGGCGUAUAACCAGGUCAAGUGCGACGACCAAACAGCUCGUUUGCUCACACUUAAUACCCAUAAGGGGCUGUACAAAAUGAACCGUCUGCCGUAUGGAGUAUCGAGGGCCCCGCUCCUAUUCCAACGGAUAAAAGACACGCUCCUGAAAGGGCUUGAAGGUGUGGUGGUGCUUUUGGAUGACAUUUUGAUUAGUGGUAAAGACCAAGCCCAGCUUAGGGCAAGAGAGAAGCAGGUGCUGGUGCGGCUCAGUGAGGGCGGCCUGCGGCUCAAGCUGGCAAAAUGCCAAUUUGGGGUCACGCAGGUCCAGUACUUAGGGCAUGUUAUUUCAGCACAAGGGCUAGCUCCCCUCAAUGAUAGAAUAGCCGCGCUCAAGGCAGCGCCGGCGCCAGGAAAUGUUGCCCAGCUCCAAGCGUUCUUGGGCAAUUAA